UUAAAAAGCAUAAAAGAGGUCGCAGCUAAUUUAAGUUUUGAAUUUGUGUGUUUGUAGGCUAUAGGCCUAUGUCACUCUUAAUUAACACGUAGGCCUAUUUAUGAAGCCUUACCUUAGUUAUCUUUGGGGUGAAUAGAUAUAGAUCUCCACCCAAUGCACUACAGGGCAGACAAUGGGAAGAUAUUGUGCAUUUGACCCAUAGCACAACACAACUGAUGAACAGAAAGGCCAUCAAAAGGCCACAGGUGAUUAGAUAACCAGCAACUCUGUUGACAUCACCUCAUGCAUCAUCCGCUACUUAAUCAUAACUUUUCUUUUUCUCUAUGUCCAUUGUUGCCCCUAAAGGUCUCUGUCUUAUCUCAGGGAAUGAUAAAGACUGUAGGUAAGCCCAUGUCCUUUUCUGAGAUGCUGAGGCCUAUAUAAGGGUACAGACAUGCAGUCAAGAAAGAAACACAUCGCACACAGGCACAUCAAGCUAUCCCCCAUCUCUCAAGAAACCUGUAGCAUCCUUCACCCUCACCAUGUGGAAGGCAGCAAUCUUGACCCUGGUCUUAUUGGUGGCAUUGGUAGACAGGGUGCGGUCCGAUGAUGGCAAUCCCUCUUUCUAUGGGGUCAAACUGUGUGGAAGAGAGUUCAUACGAGCAGUCAUCUUUACCUGUGGUGGUUCUCGCUGGAGAAGAAGUUUGGGAGAUUCAGCUCUUAUUGGAGAAGAGGCCUUUGACUCAUGGCACAUGAAUCCCAUUCCUCAACUUGCCAGUGAGCAGGAUCCUGCGGAGUCCCAAACAUGGAAAGAUCAUACAUCAAAUGGGGCUGCUGGAUUCUUCCGCUCAGCUCGCUCACCGAUCUCAGAGGAGGUGCUUGAGGCUCUUCGGAGUGCAGACAGGAAAGGACGGGAUGUAGUUGUUGGACUUUCCAAUGCCUGCUGCAAGUGGGGCUGUAGCAAGAGUGAAAUCAGCUCUCUGUGCUGAAGAUUGAUUCUUAAAUGUUUGAUAUGUAAUUUGUCUUGAUAUGUAACUAUUGGAGAGCUCUACUCCUCUCCUAUGUAAUUUAAGAAUUUCUUCAUGUUUAGGGUUUUUCAGAUAUCCACAUCCAAUCCAAAAGUCAUCCAUGUGUUGACUACAAAUAGGUUCACAAGAAAGUACAUGUAUUCAAAAUGUUAUUGCUAUUAUCAAAGAUUGUUAUAUAUGUGAAAUAAAGCUUUGUGUCAUUGUUA